UUGGCAACGAAAACGCGGCUAAGUGUAGAGCCGCGGCCGAUCAUUCUAGACGUGUCCCUCAAGAUAAACAUAAUCUCCUCACGUAUCUAGUGCCAUUUUCUAGCUUGCAACGUUACCGUGAAGAACAACAAGGUGCAGAGGUCAAGUGUAUAUCAUAAGCACGAUGCUUGACAAGUACGAUCAGGAGAAUGUUGAGGAGUUAGGUCCGGAGGAGAAGAGCGGCGAGAGUAACCCCGAGCAAGGAGGCUAUGAUGGUCCGGCUGGUAUGCAGGUGGACGGUAUUAUAGAGACCAAGUGGACCGAGGUGGCCACCAGCUUCGAUGACAUGAACCUCAGAGAGCCGCUCUUGCGAGGUAUUUAUGCCUAUGGGUUCGAGAAGCCUUCAGCUAUCCAGCAGCGCGCUAUUUUGCCGUGCAUUAAGGGUCAUGAUGUCAUCGCCCAAGCUCAGUCUGGCACGGGGAAAACUGCCACCUUCUCCAUUUCUAUCCUGGAGAGGAUUGACCCAAAGUCCAACGACACACAGGCUCUCAUCCUGGCCCCCACGCGAGAGCUGGCCCAGCAGAUACAGAAGGUGGUGCUGGCUCUGGGCGACUACAUGGACGUCAGCUGUCACGCCUGUAUCGGCGGCACUAACCUGAGGGAAGAUAUGCGGCGCCUGGAGAAGGGUGUUCAGAUUAUCGUCGGCACCCCAGGUAGAGUCUACGACAUGAUCAACCGUCGAGUCCUCAACCCCAACCACAUCAUGGUGUUCGUGCUGGACGAGGCCGAUGAAAUGCUCUCCCGCGGGUUCAAGGACCAGAUUUAUGACGUGUUCCGGUACCUGCCCGCCGACGUGCAGGUGGUGUUGCUCUCCGCUACCAUGCCUCCUGACGUGAUGGAUGUUACCACCAAGUUCAUGCGAGACCCCGUCACCAUCUUGGUCCAGAGGGAGGAGCUCACUCUUGAGGGCAUCAAGCAGUUCUUCGUUAAUGUGGAGAAGGAAGAGUGGAAGCUGGACACCCUCUCUGACCUGUACGAGACCCUGACCAUCACUCAGGCGGUGAUCUUCUGCAACACCCGCAGGAAGGUGGACUGGCUGACGGACCAGAUGCAACACAGGGACUUCACCGUGUCAGCCAUGCACGGCGACAUGGACCAAAAGGAGCGGGACGUGAUCAUGCGGGAGUUCCGCUCCGGGUCAUCUCGCGUGCUCAUCACUACGGACCUGCUGGCGCGAGGUAUUGACGUGCAGCAGGUGUCUCUGGUCAUCAACUACGAUCUGCCCACCAACAGGGAGAGUUACAUCCAUAGGAUAGGUCGAGGUGGACGCUUCGGCCGGAAGGGUGUUGCUAUUAACUUCGUGACUGCUGAUGACUCGAGAACUCUGAUGGAUAUUGAAGACUACUACCGCACCUCCAUUGAAGAGAUGCCUAUGAAUGUAGCCGACUUGAUUUAAUCAAAGGAAGCAGCCCGUAGCAGCUGUCAAGCUCCCAGGUACCCCUUUAAUGCUAGUUGAACAGUCCGUCAUGUGAGGCUUGAGGGCGUGUGGAUGGUCAUUCUGUUAAGGCUGUGAAAUCUUUGAUGAUCCAUUGCAACUGUACUGCAUGCCUAAGGUAUGGACAAGUGAUAAAGAUGAAUUCUAAGACGUCUUGACGGGUGAGCCCAGUGACCUUAGGCUGCAGUAAAUUCUUGUAACCUUUUGUUUUACAUUUGUGAUGGACAAAAAUUAUAUACCUAUAUAUAUAUAUGUAUAUUUAUAUGUACAUGUAUAUGUGUGUGAAUAACGAAAAUAAACACGUGAUGAAAAAUUUGAGUGUUAGACCACGAAG